AUGAACUGCCUGACGGUGCCCGGCGUCCACCCCGGCUCCCCCAGCCGGCCCCGCGGGCAGAUCCAGGUGAUCUUCGGGCCCAUGUUCUCCGGGAAGAGCACGGAGCUCAUGCGGCGAGUGCGGCGGUUCCAGCUCGCCCAGUACCGGUGCCUGCUGGUGAAAUAUGCCAAGGACACGCGCUACAGCUCCUCCGGGGUCUCCACACACGACAAGAGCACCAUGGAGGCCCUGCCCGCCGGGCUGCUCCAGGACGUGUACCAGGAGGCGCUGGGCGCUGCUGUCAUCGGCAUCGAUGAGGGCCAGUUCUUCCCAGACAUCGUGGAGUUCUGCGAGUCAAUGGCCAACAGUGGGAAAACCGUCAUCGUCGCUGCUCUGGAUGGGACUUUCCAGAGAAAGGCCUUUGGGAGCAUCCUGAACCUGGUGCCGCUGGCGGAGAGCGUGGUGAAGCUGAACGCGGUGUGCAUGGAGUGCUUCCGGGAGGCCUCCUACACCAAGCGGCUGGGAGCAGAGCGGGAGGUUGAGGUGAUUGGAGGAGCUGACAAGUACCAGUCCGUGUGCCGAGCCUGCUACUUCCGCAUGCGGCCCCAGCAGGCCGGGCUGGAGAACAAGGAGAACGUGCCCCUGGGCCCGAGGCAGCUGGAGGCAGCUGUCCCUCGCAAGAUCUUCACUUGACUGCUGGGAAAUGGAGGGGAAGGGAGCUCAGGGCCCAGCUGCCCUGAGGGUCUGCCUCUCUACUUCAGCAAACUGUUCAGUGCCUCCCCUGCCCCACCUCCCCACACCAGGCGCCACAACUGAGGAUCCACCAAGCGUGAUGCCUGGCUAGAGUGAGUUCCCAUCUCAGAACAAGAAGAGAGACAAGCACAGUUACUGAUGCUGCCACACAGGCCUGGGGCCCUGCACUUGGAGCCAGGCCAGAGCACGUUCACUGCUUACCGUGGCUCUGCCCUGCUGUCCCGGUGGUCUAAGUGUGCUCAGGCUGGCACUGCUGCUGCUUCUGGUGCCUGUGAAUGCAGCCCUUCUCUCUAGUGCACUGUUGCUGAAUUCCAGUUUUCUCAAGACAAUGUACAGCCAAUGUAUACAAUGUAAUUUUAUUUUAAACGCAGUUUUUAGUUUCCUUUCAUAAUAGUCUGAAGUAACUUGUCCCUUGUCACAGAGCUGUGACACUGCUUUUAAACUGACACGGGUGGCAGCCCAGCCCUGGGCAUGCCCCCAGCCUCUCUGCCAGCCUGCUCUCUGGUGUUACUGCCUUCUCAGUUAUUGAAACAGAAGAAGCUGAAGGAGGCCUAGCAGCUGACUCUUCUGAGGUGUUGGAUCUCAAAGGGCUGGCUGUGUUCUAGCAGGCUGUGACAGACUCCUUUGGAGGAACUGGUCCCAGGAAGAGGCUCCUCCAAACUCAGGGCAGUUUUUCUCAGGUUCAAGGCUGGUGCUGCCACUUUGGUGCUAUGUUACCUGUGAAGGGUUUGGAGGCUAGAGUUUUACCUACCAAGAUUUGCACAAUUAUUCCAGGGAAGAUCCAGCUGCUUGGUAAAGGGGCUCUCUGAGGAGCUGCUUCUCCACUCUAGUCAUGUCUCUUGCUCCUUCCUCAGCCUUCCAAAAUUCUCGAGGCUGACUCUUGGUCUGCUCUAAGCUGACUGAAGAAUCCUCUUCCCUCUUUGUUUGACUCAGAUGCUGGAAGUUUGUUGCUUCCUUAUUGCAAAAGUGUUUUUUUCCUGGAAGCCAGCAUCCACAGGCUCAGAGCAGUAGCUCUGUGUUCUGGCCAAGCCAGGCCUCUGCAUCUGAGUCCAGGGUUGCUGUUUGCCUGUGCCCUGGAAGGCUCCAAGCACUGCCUGCACUGCCCCUGCUGCCACUGUGGGCUGGGCUUUCCCCCCAGGG